GAGAGGGCGGGGGGAAGGAAGAGGAGGCGGGAUCCCUGCGCUGCGUUGGCUGCGGCCUGGCACCAAAGGGGCGGCCCCGGCGGAGAGCAGACCCAGUGGCCCUGGCGAUUAUGGACCCGGCCGAGGCGGUGCUGCAGGAGAAAGCGCUCAAGUUUAUGUGCUCUAUGCCCAGGUCUCUGUGGCUGGGCUGCUCCAGCCUGGCGGACAGCAUGCCUUCGCUGCGAUGCCUGUAUAACCCAGGGACUGGCGCACUCACAGCUUUCCAGAAUUCCUCAGAGAGAGAAGACUGUAAUAAUGGUGAACCCCCUAGGAAGAUAAUACCAGAGAAGAAUUCACUUAGACAGACUUAUAACAGCUGUGCCAGACUCUGCUUAAACCAAGAAACAGUAUGUUUAGCAAAUACUGCUAUGAAGACUGAAAAUUGUGUGGCCAAAACAAAACUUGCCAAUGGCACUUCCAGUAUGAUCGUACCCAAGCAACGGAAACUCUCUGCAAGCUAUGAAAAGGAAAAGGAACUGUGUGUCAAAUAUUUUGAGCAGUGGUCAGAGUCCGAUCAAGUUGAAUUUGUGGAACAUCUUAUAUCCCAAAUGUGUCAUUACCAACAUGGGCACAUAAAUUCAUAUCUUAAACCUAUGCUGCAAAGGGAUUUCAUAACUGCUCUGCCAGCUCGGGGAUUGGAUCAUAUUGCUGAGAAUAUUCUGUCAUACUUGGAUGCCAAAUCACUUUGUGCUGCUGAACUUGUGUGCAAAGAAUGGUACCGUGUGACGUCGGAUGGCAUGUUAUGGAAGAAGCUCAUCGAGAGAAUGGUCAGGACAGAUUCUCUGUGGAGAGGCUUGGCAGAACGAAGAGGGUGGGGACAGUAUUUAUUCAAAAACAAACCUCCUGAUGGGAAUGUUCCUCCCAACUCUUUUUAUAGAGCACUUUAUCCUAAAAUUAUACAAGACAUUGAGACAAUAGAAUCUAAUUGGAGAUGUGGAAGACACAGUUUACAGAGAAUCCACUGUCGGAGUGAAACAAGCAAAGGAGUUUACUGUUUACAGUAUGAUGACCAGAAAAUAGUAAGCGGCCUUCGAGACAACACAAUCAAGAUCUGGGAUAAAAGCACAUUGGAAUGCAAACGAAUUCUCACAGGCCACACAGGUUCCGUCCUUUGUCUCCAGUAUGAUGAGAGGGUGAUCAUAACUGGAUCGUCAGAUUCCACGGUCAGAGUUUGGGAUGUAAAUACAGGUGAAAUGCUAAACACAUUGAUUCACCAUUGUGAAGCAGUUCUGCACUUACGUUUCAAUAAUGGCAUGAUGGUGACCUGUUCCAAAGAUCGUUCCAUUGCUGUAUGGGAUAUGGCCUCCCCAACUGAUAUUACCCUCCGGAGGGUUUUGGUUGGACACCGAGCUGCUGUCAAUGUUGUAGACUUUGAUGACAAGUACAUCGUUUCUGCAUCUGGGGACAGAACUAUAAAGGUAUGGAACACAAGUACUUGUGAAUUUGUAAGGACCCUAAAUGGACACAAACGAGGGAUUGCCUGUUUGCAGUACAGAGACAGGCUGGUGGUGAGUGGCUCCUCUGACAACACUAUCAGAUUAUGGGACAUUGAAUGUGGUGCAUGUUUACGAGUGUUAGAAGGUCAUGAGGAAUUGGUGCGUUGUAUUCGAUUUGAUAACAAGAGGAUAGUCAGUGGGGCCUAUGAUGGAAAAAUUAAAGUGUGGGAUCUUGUGGCUGCUUUGGACCCCCGUGCUCCUGCAGGGACUCUCUGUCUACGGACCCUUGUGGAGCAUUCUGGAAGAGUUUUCCGACUCCAAUUUGAUGAAUUCCAGAUUGUCAGUAGUUCACACGAUGACACAAUCCUCAUCUGGGACUUCCUAAAUGAUCCAGCAACCCAAGCUGAGCCCCCCCGCUCCCCUUCUCGAACAUACACGUACAUCUCCAGAUAAACAACCAUAUACUGACCUCAUACUUACCCAGGACUCAUUAAAGUUGCAGUAUUUAAGUAUCUGCCAAGACCAGAAUGAGCAACAACCGCAACAAUCAAAACUCCUACUUGGAUCUCCGGACCAGUGAGGAGCAAGGCUUUGAGACUCCUAUUAGGACAUAGUUGGUCUACAGCCGACCAGGACGGUCUGCUCGGCACAGCCAACUGCUUCAGUGCUGCUAUCAGAAGAUGUCUUCUAUCUUGUGUGAAUGAUUGGAACUUUUAAACCUCCCCUCCCCUCUUCUCCCCACUUCCCCUCUGCACCUGCUUCUCCCCCAUUGGGUUCCAGACAAAGAUGACUUAUAAAUAUAUUUAGUGUUUUGCCAUAAUCUCUCUUGCUUUGCCAUUAAGCAGAACUAGUUUCCCCAGAAUGGCCCACAUGUAGGAGACAGGAGGAUGCAGCUUCCAGGCAGACAGGGCCCUGUGUCCCCCUGUUAACUGCAGGAGUGUCUACACCUGGCCAGAGAAACCCAGCCCACUAUGUGUGGGAGAGACAGCACCCUGUACAUCCUUGGGGGAUAGGGGAGACAAAUACACUGGAAGACCUGGGCCUCCUGUUUCCGUCCUCUUUCUGUUUCUGUCCCUCUUCCCUCCCCACCAAGCCCUCUUCAACCUGAGAAGAAGGUGUGUGAAAAGAAUAUCCUCAAUUAACAUGAGGUGGAUCAACUAGAAAAUGCAACACUUGGAGCUAAAUGUGUUCAAUGACAAUUUCAAGCCCAGGCUUUUGCUGCAAGUGACCAUGUGGAGGCAGUGGAUUCUCGAACAUGAUGCUCUCAUCAUAUUUACAACUCUUCUCUCUUCUUCUCCCCACCCAAAGAAGGGGAGGGGACAGAAGUUUCCUGGGCUCCAUCAAUGUCUGCAUCUUUUCUGGACUCAGCAGUCUCCUUGAUUCCAUGUAGAGUGUGGAAAGGAGUUGCUGAUUGCAUUUUCUCUCAUUAACAAUUAGAUGUGUAAUAAAAAGCAUUGUACUUCAUCUUAAAUCACUGGUAAGGCUCAGCCUACAGAAAGGUUUGAAAAGGCCAGAACCAGUCACUUGGUGCACUAUGCAUAAUGGUUCACAUCUUUGAAUUCCUCCUGACUGCCAAGACUACUGGUGGAGUAGCUUAAGAGAUGGUCAGGAGUGAAAGCUGACUUUUUUUCAUUUAGGCCAGUAAAUACCAUCUCUCAGAAAUCAAUCUAACCUUAACCUUGCACUGCAGAACCUUUCUUCUACUUUUCCCAAACCCAGUAUUUGCAAAAGGGCAAAGCUGCCAGAGAGAGGAUCAGGGUGAAGUUUGGCACACAGGGUUUAUUAAUGGGCAGAAACUGCCUUCUCUCUUUUUCUUCCUCCUCUUGGCCUUAUUUUGCUCUCUACUUUCCCAAUCAAUAAAAUUUCUCUGGAAGUUGAUGGACAACAUACACAAAUGGACCCUCUGUAAGGGCACUUGUGCCAUACUAUCCUUGUCUAUUGUGUUGACUAUCCUGGGAGCACCAUGGCUGCAUACCCAGUUUGUUUCCCCAGGCACUAGUGAGCCUACUGAGAGGUGGCCUGGGCACACCCCCAGGCCUUGAGGCCACAGGGCAGCCUCCUAUUUCUCUUGGAAGUUGAGCAAUCAGGCCCUUUGCUUCUAUUCCUAAUCUACCCUGUUGAGUUUAAGAGAGCCACUUUUAACCAGCUGCUAUACAAAUAGAAUGGAAGCCUGUUGGAAGUGACCUGUAGCCAGGCCACCUUUAGUGCAAGGGGGUGGGAGUGCAUGGUAGAACAUCCUCAUUCUUCCCCCUGAUUUGCAAGAAGGUGUUCCCUUCUCAAUUGAAUGUUGUCAUUACAUACAGAGAGGCAGGUUAUACAAAUGCAGUUUUUCUUUCCUGCUUCAUGAACACUUUUAAAGCUUUUAAUUUCAAAUUAUUCAGAAAAUACUUCCCAGUGUAAUGCCUAUGCCUGGGAAAUACUUUCUUCAUGUAAUUCCCUUCCCAGCUAUCCAAAUGCUAUUGUUUCUUACUUAGCCACUAUCAGGGUUCCUUGUCUAUUAUGUUGACUAUUAAUGGCUUUUGGAUUGGUUAAGGAUUUUGCUGCAGAUGAAGAUAGAGGGGUGUCAGCCCUGAAAAACACACAGGACAGACAUGAAAAAGGCAAGGGUUUCAAAUAUUGUCCAAUAGCCAUAACUUUACUAGCCCUUCUGUUAUAUGCUGCUAUUCCAAAAUGGGAACAAGCCUGGGGAUGUAGCUACAUGACAGAGCAUUUGCCCAGCAUGUGUCAGGCCCUAGGUUCUACCCCAGCACUGCAAAAUUUUAAAAAGUGGGAGCUGCUGACCAUUCACUGCUGUCCAGGAUUUUGCUCUGACAUCUAGGUUCAGUGAAGGUGCAUUGAUCCUAAGGCAGUUUGAAGCUCUUCUAGUCUAUCAUACAUGAGAUCAGGGCUGGACCCUGCAGAUGUAGAACCAUUAGUUCAGUUGAGAUUAUUGUGCAAGUUGUCCUCUCUGCUGAUGGAAAUGGGAAUGAAGUUAAGUGGUCUGAAAAACUUGAAUUGUUCACAUUUCUCAGCUCUGGGGGUCAUUUACCAGUUCAUUGUAGAAGAAAUAAUCAGGUAAGUAGAAGUUCAUUUCCAGAGAAGGUAAACCCCACUUACUAUCUCUGCAUGAUUUCAGUGGGAAUUGAUUAUCACUAAUCCCCAACUGGGCUAGAAUAAAUGUAAUGUUUGACCUUUUUAAAAAGAAAAGAGAAACAAAGGAAGUCACUACACAUUUAAAGGAAUGGUAGGAAACGAGCCAAAGAUGUCUCUUGGCUCUGAAAUGAAGUAUCCCUAUUGUAGGUCUCUUUAAACUAAAAUUCACUUUCCAAUGAAGGGCCUGAAAGAAACCUUUUAUAAAGAUAGGCUGAAACCUUUCAAAGGCAGGUGCAUUCAGCUGCACCUAUUAUAGACAGAUAUGACCUCUCUGUUCACAUUGAGGCUUCUUGGACAAGACCAGCCUGGUUUGCUGCUCAUGUGUGUAUUUCAUUGCUAAGAAUACCUUUUUACUUCCUUAAGUGCAAUCUGAAAGUAUAUGUGAAUUAUGGAUAGGAGGCCUUUUAUACUUGUCCCAUGGCUAAAAUCUGAUGUGUCUUCACUUCAGAGACAGGGAUUUUUUUUUUUUUUUAAACUCUGUAAUGAAGCAUGGCCCUCAUAACUUGUUUUUGAACUGGAAAAGACACUUAGACACCCCUGAAUCAUUCUGUUAAAAAAAAAAAAAACACAAAACACCCAUUUGGGGGGGGGGUUGUUGUUUUGUUUUGGUACAAUUAAAGCUGCAAAGAAGAAAAUAGGCACUCAUCCCUUGCCCUUGGUCUGAACAACUGUGGUUGGUCUACUCUUUAUUUAGCACUUGAUUGUGUGUGGAAACAGAGGGCUUGGGGUUGAGGUGGAACAUAUUAGAAAUAAUUAGGGCUACUUUUUUCUUUUCCUAGAAUUGGAUUAGAUACCUUAGUGUUAUUGACCUUAUCAUCUUCAUUUUGCCUUAGAUGGUAAUAUACUAAGCCCAGAAGUAGAAGCAGGCCUGAGGGGUAAGCUGCAAGCUCAAUUCUGGGACCAUCACACCCUUUGGUGAUCAGGUUUACCAUGUGACUUUAAUCCACAUUGCUGAUUCCCUGUUUGGAUGAGUUCAACAGACUUCCAGGUACACCCAAAACCCACCAGCUGGGUUGUCUCCCCAUGUCUUGUCUACACAGCUGAUCACUGACAGUCCAGAGCCCCUUAUUCUAACUAUAGUCUCAAUCAGUGCUGGAAGGACAGCCCCCUCUCAGGGGAAUAAAAACUGAACUUUGCUUCUUGAUAUUUUUAACCGAUGGUUCAUUUAUGACAUCAGAAAUCCUUGAGUAGAGAAACCAAAAGAUAAUGAUCAUGGCUGCCUGAUUUCAGGUGGAACUUUCUGCAUUGAUAGCUGGAAACCCCUUCUAUUGGAAUUCGAGCAUCUAUGAUCUAAAAUUUCCUGGAAGCAGCUAACAUUUGAAAUAUUUGUUGCCCAACGGAACCAGCUGGCUCUUAGUUCCUGAUGGUUGUGCAUGUGCGUUUUAAUGUUUCUUCCCCUCCUGAACCUUCCCCUUCAUGGACACUGAAGGAAAAGACCAACUACAAGUUUAGACUUCUGGGUUCUAAGGAAACUAACACUUUCCCAAAUCAGUGACCACUGGAGCCCAGUCAGACUCAACUCUGAGGGAUGUUCAGUGGACUCCAGCUGUGGGGACAGGCCUGGCAACAAAUAUGAUCUUCCCUGAGAGCUUUUGGUUGAUUCGGCUCUUUGUUCUCUAGAUUCUUAAGUACUGACUGCUUUAACUUCUGUGGUUAUGUUAUGGUGAUGUGUAGUCAAUGUAUCAGUAUGUUCACAACCUAGGUUCAUGGCAAUAGAGUGUGUUUGAUUUUUUUUAACUGUUCAGAAAAAAAGUAAUUUAAAUUCCAAAUAUAAGAUUAAAGUGAAUUUUCUAA